AGUUCUACUACUGUACCCGUCGCAGGCACAGCGCCAUGGCGCUCGACGUGAAGGCCGGGCACACAGUGGAGAGGAAAUGAUAUGAAAGGAAAGGAAAUGUUGUCGGAUUCGACCCGAUCGCGUUUUUGUUGUUCGGCUGCGGUGGAUUGUGUCGGGGUUUCUUGCCAGGCCCUGUCCAUCCUCGCACUCGAUGGGCUCUUGUGAAUUGGCGCUUCCCGAAAGGUUUUGAUCUCGGUUCUCCGAGAAUCUCAUCGAGACGCAUGGACCUCGCAGCCGGAGUCGCUCAUGUUGCAAAUUCGAUGCGAGCCAGCUGACAGGCAACGCGUGAACUUCUGCAUUUGCAUAUGUGGCGGAGACUACGAUAAUUGCUGGUAGAAGAGCUCGGGACAUUUAAACUCGGUUCAAACAAAAUGUUGCUAUCAAGAAGACAAUUUCUUGCUGAAUGCAGCGCUGGUUUCGAAUCCACAGUGGGCGUCGUCCAUACGGUGGCAAACAUAUUUUCUCCGCCUGGACAAUCGGUAGAAAGCUUCAUUCUCACCCUCCGAGGAAAAUCGUUGCAGUAAUUGACCGCCUUCUCGCAACAUGAGACACGGAUUAGACUACGUUCUGCGAUGGAGCACGUGCUGGAUUGUCGCCUUCUUGAUCCUCAUUUUGCAGCGUGGUCGUCUUUCCAGUUUGAGCGGCAAUUCGCGAAGGCGUCCGGAACCGGGCUCUAGUGCUUCCGGGGAAGGGGCUAGUACCCUGAGAACCCGGAUGGUGUCAAGAGCAGAACCGGUCGAUACGUGUGAUCGAAGGGUAGUGUUCCCACAGACGCGUGGCCACGGACCCAAAGUAGGGGAUUCCGCUCACGUCCAACCGACAAUCAAGAGCAAGCGUCUUAGAAAUGUCAAUUCAUCUGGUGCCACCAGCAUCGGAUACUGAUUUCUGUACAUUUCGGAGAUCUUGGUUCGCAAAGCCGAAAUAUGGUGGUCAUGGCGGAUGAUCACUUGGUUCUAGCCUCCGCGUUCUCGAAAUUGACGGAUGAUGCAUUUCCAUCUCCCAGUUCAUUAGACGUCGAUAAGCAUGAAGAGCGACAUCUGUGCAGUGCGGGGCAUGUCAGUCUACGCUUGUGCAUGAUCUGAAUGAGGCGCACUUUGAAGUUCUUAAGUUAUUCCUUCCAGGAAGUGAAUUACGGUCAGAGGAAUGGAAGAUGUAGUCCUGUGAAGCCUGGGGGUCAGUCUCGUGUAGCUGGGAAGAUAGACCCUAAACACUGGAGCACAUGGUUUUCGUGAAAUCGCAAUCUCCAAAAUGGGAAGAUCCCAGGCAUGGCAACCGCCUCUUUGUGUGAAGUCCUAAAACAGCGCUGCAGCUGUGAGCACCCGGACAGAUAGACUAGACUGAGAAAUCUGAAGAUCAGUCGGUAAUCAUUUAAGUUCCACGAGUGGCAAAGGCCAUGUCGCGGAUCUUCUCCUCGAAACAGACGAAUGCUUCGAGAAAUGUUGUCGAAAUGUGAGAUCGAAACAAAUGUCACGAGCAUGUGAUUGCCAUGCUUGUUGUUGAAUUGUUGGCGGCUUAAGCAGCUGGUACCCUGACAGCUACCGGUAUUAGCAAGGACUUCUUGAGAGGACGGCGAAAAUCAGAGUUGCAGUGCUCACCGGCAUUGUGAUCAAUGCCAGAUUUUACGAGAAUUUGGACCUAUACUGCAUACUUCGAAGCGUAAGAAGUGCAGGCCAAGAAGAAAAGAGAGCAGUGGCCCCGCGUGGGUCAGUCCCGAGCUCCACUCUGCGGAAACAAGAAAAGGCUUCGUCAUCACCUCACGCUCCUGAGAUCGACGCAGCAGAAAUGGGCCGCACUCGACCGAUGGCGGACAAAUGUCAGAAGAAAUGGAAGAUCGUGGAGACUUGAUGGAGACCUGGUUUCACGUUCUGAGGCAUCCGCCGACCAUGCCCACGACAGAGUUACCUGAAGAAGGGUGCCACAUGCGACGAGUGUCAAAUGCUCGGCAGUGCGAGUUUCGAAGGGAGGACCGAUGCCAGCGCAAACGCUGGCGCCAUGUCGAUGCAGCGCAAAGUGCCUUUUCCUGUCCUUUCAUCUCGAACGAACUCCAGAAACUUGUGACCAGUUUAGUCACAAGGGCUUGUUUUUAUUUUAUUUAAAAUAUUCUGUUUAAAAUAUUUAUUCAACUCGAACGUAGCAUCUCACGCUAAAUAUCCCCUCACAGAAUACA